CUUCCUGGGGCGAUGGGGCAGGAGUGUCUGGAACCCAGGAACCAGCCCAGCUGGGAAAAGAUAAAAGCCCAUCAUUGGCCCAGCGGCUCACUGCGCUCCCGCCCGCUCCCGCAGCCUUCGCUCCGGCCCUCUGCCAGCCAUGAAGUCCUCCGUGUCCCGCCAGGCCUACUCCUCCAAAGGGGGCUUCAGCUCCAGCUCCGCCUGUGGCGGGGGCAGGUCCCGGGCCCGCACCAGCUUCAGCUCGGUGACAGUGUCCCGGAGCGGUGGCAGCUGUGGGGUGCCCCGAACUGGUGGCUUUGGCAGCCGCAGUCUCUUUAACUUGGGGGGCAACAGAAGCAUCUCAGUCAGUGUGGCCGGAGGGGCGUCCUCAGGACGGGCCAUGGCGGGCCUUGGUUUCGGCAGCGGGGCCUACAGGGGCCUGGGGGCUGGCAGGCAGACGUUCGGGCCCGUCUGUCCUCCCGGAGGCAUCCAGGAGGUCACCGUCAACCAGAGCCUCCUGACACCCCUUAACGUGGAGAUUGACCCCGAGAUCCAGCGGGUGCGCACCCAGGAGCGCGAGCAGAUCAAGACCCUCAACAACAAGUUUGCCGCCUUCAUCGACAAGGUGCGGUUCCUGGAGCAGCAGAACAAGGUGCUGGAGACCAAGUGGGCCCUGCUGCAGGAGCAGGGCCAGAACACAGGUGUCACCAGGAACAACCUGGAACCCCUCUUCGAGAACUACUUGAGCGCCCUUCGGCGGCAGCUGGAUAACGCCCAGAGUGAGCGGGGGCGGCUGGACUCGGAGCUGAGGGGCAUGCAGGACCUCGUGGAGGACUACAAGAACAGGUACGAGGAUGAGAUCAACAAGCGCACAGCCGCAGAGAACGAGUUCGUGGUGCUCAAGAAGGAUGUGGAUGCUGCCUACAUGAGUCGCAUGGACCUGCAGGGCAGAGCGGGCACUUUGACCCAGGAGAUUGAGUUCCUGAACAACCUCUAUGAGAUGGAGCUGAGCCAAGUUCAGACCCACGUGUCUGACACCAAUGUCAUCCUGUCCAUGGACAACAACCGCUGCCUGGACCUGGACAGCAUCAUCGCUGAGGUCAAGGCCCAGUACGAGGCCAUCGCCCAGAGGAGCAGGGCUGAGGCUGAGGCCUGGUACCACUCCAAGUAUGAGGAGCUGCAGGUGACAGCUGGGAGGCACGGGGACAACCUGCGGGACACCAAGAACGAGAUCGCUGAACUUACCCGCACUGUCCAGAGGCUGCAGGCGGAGGUGGACGCAGCCAAGAAGCAGUGCCAGCAGCUGCAGACGGCCAUCGCGGAGGCCGAGCAGCGCGGGAACCUGGCGCUGAAAGACGCGCAGAAGAAGCUCGGGGACCUGGACGUGGCCCUGCACCAGAGCAAGGAGGAGCUGGCCCGGCUGCUGCGCGACUACCAGGCGCUCAUGAACGUCAAGCUGGCGCUGGACGUGGAGAUCGCCACCUACCGCAAGCUGCUGGAGGGCGAGGAGAGCAGGAUGUCUGGAGAGUGUCCCAGCGCCGUCAGCAUCUGUGAGUAUUUCCCGGCCCCGCCCUGA